AUGUUCGGCAAACAACCUCGGAUCUCUUCUCAGUCCUCCUCAACAUCAGCGACAUCCCUCACACGUCGACUUAACAUAGUCGACGGCAGUAAACAACCCCCCGGUCUACAUAAACCCAUCUCCCAAGCUAUUUCCACUCCUACAGUCGCCACCAGUCCUAUUACGGCUGAAGGUUCGCUGACCACGCCGAAAGAAAACUCAACGAGAGUAUUGAGCAAAGCGGAAGGGAAAAGGACAGAUCGGACAACAUCUCAAUCGAAGGACGAGACGGCGAGAGCUCCUGUAUUCUUCGCCCCUCCUUCCAGUUCCCUUCAAUUUCACUCGUCAAACGAACAACCAUCCUUUAGCGUGAACACUGAUACGGCUUUCGAGAUAGACGUCACAGCUAAUUCAGGAGAAGAGGAGGAGACCCCCUGCGUAUCACAGUUCACACGCAGAGGAAUGGAGAACGGCUACUCCCUCUCUCCAAUGUAUAACUUAUGGUUGGAAUACUGUGACGAGGGAGAAGCCUCGAAGUCGACUCAAUCCAGGGUAGUAUUCUACGCUAUGAAACCGUCUUUAGCUCGAGACGAGGUCAUAGACAGAGGCCCGGAUGCUUCGACUCAGCGAUACAUGGUACAUAAACCUCUUUUCGAGCAAAUAAGCCGUACUGUAAAUGAGCUUCAAGUUUUCAUUCAGCACAUGGCAGGACUCAUAGAAGAACGGAAUGUCUACUUUCAGGUGGACCCAGACGAUGCCAUAUUAGAAAUCCUAGAAGGAGCUGAGACUACUAGUCAAUUACAUGCAGCGUGGCUUGGAUUAACUAGUCGAUUGGGCGCAGCCCAAAAGUUCAUGCUUAAAUACCAACAGGAGUAUCAGAACAUCCAAAUACCAUCUUCUCCGGUAUCUACCAAUCCGGAUAUACAUAAGUACAUCUCAGGACUGCCAGACGUCGACGAGAAGCUACGGAACAUUCACGGUAUGAUUCCCCGUCACGCUCAAAAACUUCCACAAGAUGCACAACGACGACUAACGGAAACGAAGGAGAAAUGGGAAAGUAUCAUCCCUGCUCCCCCUUGGUUAACGACUCCAGCGCAAAAAUCCUCAUCGCCGAUUGCCAACUUUCCAGCUAGGACGAGUUACAAGGCCGCUUCUUCCUUUGCACUACCGGAGGAAGUCGAUCCUCCACCGACAGUGCAAAAGAAGCAACUAACGACGCCUUGGAAAGGAUCGAAAGUCGUUCAGUUCGCUUCCGGAACGGACGAGUUAGAGCUGCCGCAAUCUUCAGCCUUAAUGAGUAGUGGCACGCCGUUCAAGUCUGCCAAGAAUAUGUUCGUACAAGGCGAAGGAAGUAAUCCUGGACCUUUUCCUACCUCCGGACCUAACCGGCAAAUUUCUUUGGACAACUUCCUAUACGGCACCGAUGAAGUUCCAGUCUUUUCCCCAGACGGAAUGCAAUUUUCAGGAUUUGCGUACCCUUCAAUCACGAACUCCACACCUUCAAAUCCACCAACUCAACCUGUCACUUCGACUCCAUGGAACACAGUUCCAGGGCCCGUACGGUCUUUUCACACUAUGCUCUCUCAGAAGCACGAAGAGGCGAAUCCCUCGUCUGGUCAAGGCCUUCUUCAGGCUAGAACUCAGACUACCACGUCGCGGCCUACUACAGAAAGGACAAGCAGAAUUCGUCAAUCGGAUGAAUCAGUUCGAAAUCAAAAGGCUCCCGGUUCAGCGGACGAACACGAAUCCGACCAAGAGCAACCAGGAUAUCCUGGAGGAAGUUCAGGACCGCCCGACAACGAUCCCCCCCCCCCCAACUCUGGUAAUCACAGCUUCUCGAGGAACAAUGAACGACAAGUUGCUAGUCGGAGAUCCCGAGGAAGAUACGGUAGAGGAGGAGGACCACCUGAUCCCCCUUCAUCUUCUUCAAGUUCAUCUAGAACUCGAAGUCGCGCCUCUAGUCGAUCCGAUUGGGACGAAAACCGUCCUCCAGCACCAUACGGAAAUUUCAUCCCUACCGUGAAGACGGAUAUCAAGCUAGAACAAUUGCCGACUUGGGAUGGAAAUCACGACAUGGCCAUCGAGUAUUUCUGGAAGAUUCAGCAAUUAGCCGCGAUGAAAGGUUACUUACCCCAAGCGCUCGGCUAUUGGUUGUGGAUGAAUCUGAAAGAAGAUUCUACGGUACACAUGUGGUUCGCCAUGUGCUCUCAUGAACAACAGGAAUACAUGAGGUCACACUAUGUUGCCUACAUGAGAGGCAUAAAAGAAGGUUAUCUGGGACGUACAUGGCAGAUGAAAAUGAAUGCUACUUACGAGAAUCAGUCUUUCCGGCAAGCAGGGCAUGAGCGAGAAGACCCGGGCAAGUUUAUCAUCCGACGUAUCAUGUACACGCGAAUGCUAGUUAAUGGAGACAUGGGAGGACCAUUAGAAAUUUUCCUCGUGAUGCAGAGGGCUCCUAUAUCAUGGGGUCCCGUAAUCAACAUCGAUAGCAUCCGUUCUUCAAGCAUGUUGUUCUCUAGAGUUACAGAACACUCGCGGGCAUUAAUACAUACUUCUAGAAUAGAGAAUUCGCAAGUCGUCACAGCGGACAACCUGGCAUACAUGCUUCGACGGAUAGGGAUUUCCGGAUCGACUGACAGAACGCUAGCUUCGGACCGCGCAACAACCUCUUCAACUCGAUUUAACAAAAGAGCAAAUGUUACGGAGCUAACGGCAGAUCCAGUCGACGAUUCUGCUGCUACGCUCCCCAUUCCCUCCCUUGUAGACGAGAGUAUUCUGAAAGAGGUAUACCAAGUCCUACAAAAACGUCAAUGA